AUGGAUCGGCCUCAUGGCGUUCUUGCACUAAUCAUCCAAAUCAUUCUCGUCUUUACGACGUCGUGCAUCCAGACCAGUCAAGCGGACUCGACCGUCUCCAUCACUGCUCAGCCAGCCUUUAGCUCCGUUCGGCCUUGUGUCCAACACUGCAUCUGGUGCGGCGAAUACUGGCUGAUCAAUUGCCCUGGCAGUGCUAUCGGCCUCAACAACGUCUUGUCCGCCGGCUUGGACUCGUUGUUCUGCCGGACAGAUCUACAAUCCACAGCCUCAUCUUACCUGACGUCAUGCAUCUACUCCGGCUGCACGACCAACACUGUUGACCUCCAGGACGGGCUAUCAUUGUAUAACGGCUACUGCCAUAUCGAUGGAGCCAGCUUGAACGACUAUCCGACUCUGACCAGCUCAUCCAAGUCUCCAACCACCUCUCAGACGGCCCCGUCUGCGGACACGAAAACCGCCACAACGCUUACGACCGUCGAUGGCAAUCCCUCUUCGACUUCAGACUCGUCGAGAGCCACUUCAGAGGCCUCGCCAGGGAACACGCCCACCACAGUGGUCACCAGCACUGUGACGGCUACAUCCGAGCCUUCAUCCACUGCAGCAAGAUCAACUACUCCCACAACAUUCUCCACUAUACACACCGCCACGUCGCACACGACGCUAACUGUGUCUCCCACGGGUGACAUCAGCUCCGUGAGCAGUCCUACAGAAACCCGGACCGGCGGCGGCGCGGACAGCGACACCGGCAAGAAAGUAGCAAUCGUGUGCUCUGUCUUAGGUGUUCUCUUCGCUUUCCUCGCACUGUUCACUGGCAGAAGGUGGUGGAAGAAGAGGAAGCAAGGGGACGAUGCAGAACACGUCAUUAGACGGUAA